UCAGACUCCGGUUUUUUUCUUUUCCCGACUCCGGUUUUUUACUCCAACUCCGGUUAACUUCUUUCCGCUCCGGUUUUCUCUUCGCGAAUGGGUGGCCGAAGUAGCAAGGUUCAUCCCUUACCGCUUUUAUAUCGGGUUCUUGAGGAGGCGUUUGAUAUUGCUGAACUAGAUAUUGAUGAUGACAUUUCGGAGCCCAGCAGUGAAGAAGAACGCGAAUUGGAAAUGGAGCUUCAGGAAUUGGAACUGGAAAUCGAGCUGGAACAACUGGAAGUGGAAAUCCAGAGGCUAGAACGGGAAUGGCAAAUCGAGCCGGAACAGGUUCUUGAGGAGGCGUUUGUUCUUGCUGAACAAGAUGAUGAUGAAAUUUCGGAGCCCAACAGUGAAGAAGAACGCGAAUUGGAAAUGGAGCUUCAAGAAUUAGAACUGGAAGAACUGGAAGUGGAACUCCAGAGGCUAGAACGGGAAUGGCAAAUCGAGCCGGAACAGAAUGGUGAGGAUGCCCUUUUCACCAAUUCUCCUGAGAUGGCUUAUGAUGCGUCGGGAUCUUCCCCAACCAUUUCUCCAAAUGCCCCGUUGCAGUUUGGUGUUGAAUUGCUAUCGUGGACCAGUGUGAAUGACAUAACCAAGGAUGGUGGAAUUAUUAAGAAGGUCUUGAAAGAGGGAGAAGAAUGGGAGAGGGAGAACCCAAAAGAUCUUGAUGAAGUCAUAGUUAAAUUUGAGGCCCAUCUCGAAGAUAAAACACUUGUAGCAAAAUCUGACCCCGUGGAAUUCACUGUCAAAGAGGGUUACUUCUGUCCUGCAUUGGCAAAGGCUGUGAAAACAAUGAAGAAGGCCGAAAAAGUAUUGCUAACGGUGAAACCACAAUAUGGAUUUGGGGACAAGGGUAAGCCUGCCUCUGGUGAUGAGGGUGCUGUUCCUCCAAAUGCAACUCUUCAUAUUACUCUAGAGUUGGUAUCGUGGAGAACAGUCUCAGAAUUGACAGAUGACCAGAAAGUUAUUAAGAAGAUCCUAAAAGAAGGGGAAGGGGAUGAGCGUCCAAAUGAAGGAGCUUUUGUUACAGUGAAAUUGAUUGGAAAGUUGCAAGACGGAAAGGAAUUUUUAAAGAAAGGUCAUGCUGGAGGAGAAGAACCAUUUGCGUUCAAGACAGAUAAGGAGCAAGUCAUUGAGGGGCUUGAUAGAGCUGUAGUGACAAUGAAGAAAGGUGAGAUAGCUGUUGUGAUUAUAGCCCCUGAGUAUGGAUUUGGCUCGUCAGAGUCCCAGCAGGAGUUGGCAGUAGUGCCUCCUAAUUCGACCCUCUAUUAUGAGAUCGAGCUUGUAUCUUUUGUCAAGGACAAGGAAUCAUGGGACAUGAAUACUCUGAAUAAAAUGGAGGCUGCUGUGAAGGAAGGUCCAGUCCCAUCUGCUGGUACAGACAACCCAUCUGCUCAAGUCUGGAGGACUCCUGGAGAUUGAGCCCAUGAUUUCUAAAUCUAAUUCUAAUUCUAAUUCUAAUUCAAAACCUUGACUUUUGGUAACGGUGUGAGCAGCUUGUGUAGAUGAUCAUUCUUUGGGAACCCAUUAUUUGAUAAAGGUUCUCCUUACAAGUAAAACAUGGCCUCUGCGCUUCGACCCAAUUUUACUUUCUGAUGAUGUUGUGGCAGUCGUUUGUGGAUCCCUCUGUUGUGCAGGCCUGUAUAGAUUACAACAUUUUCACUUUUAAAAUUACAAUUGGAGAUUUGCUUAAUGAAUAUAUUUUGAGUGACUGUAGAAGUGUUAAA